AUGCCCGAGGCCCUGCGAGAAUCAGGAGCGGAACAUCAUCGUGUCAAACCAAAACUCGAUGUCCUUGCGGGAUCUCCUGCUUCCCAUCACUCCUGCACGUCCUUCGUAUCUUCGCGUUGCCACUUCCAGAUCCGACGCCCCUCGCACCGGGCCCUUCUGCGUGCAACCUCAAUCCAUUCCGCUCCGCUUCAAUCCCGAUGCGCAUAUACUCGCGUGAUGCCGAGGCGUCGCCCCCAGCCUACUCACAAUAUGGAACCAGCUCUCUCUGUAGCCUCCUUCCCUACGCGUGCGGACAUCCCUCCCUCACACGUUACGCAAUCCCCAACGACCGGCCUGGUGCCCUGGAAAGUAACGUACAUUAGGCGUACAGCACGACCCGUAAAGCCGCCGCUGCCCACUUCCUCAAGCAAGAGCGGUGCAGACAGAAUGCCAUUCCCCUCGUUCAGCUCGGUCGUCUCGCGGAGACGGCUGUUCAGCACCUCCAAGCCAACUAGCAAUCAGGACUCGGACGCAAGUGCGUCCAGCAGUCGGUCCACCGCAUCCACAUCCACAUCCAUUUCUAUAUCCCAAUCCGUCUCGCAGAUAUCGGAGGCACCCUCUCGCGACGCAUAUCGAUCGCAUGGCCUCACGUCAAGGAGCACGUUCAGCGUCCGCUCAAGCCCGCCCGCCAACCAGACCGGCAAGCAGCCUGCGGGCCGUCCGUCGGCACACCUGGCCACGGGUGACCAUGGCCCGCCACCGCGCGCAGAGAGGGGCCGCUCGCUGGACCUGUCGCCAUACCGCGACAUGCGCGUCGAGGACAUGGACCGGGCGAACUCUAGCACAGAAAGCAUCAUGAUCUUCAUACACCCCACACCCUCGCACUCGUCGCUCUCGCUCCCAUUUCCCCCCCUCUCGCCCACUUCCUCCGUCUCCGUGGACGUUGCCCCCAAAACUGCACCGCCGCCAGUCGUUGCGCCCGCUGCGCCGAAGAAACCCAAGAAAACAAAGCGACCAUCUACGGCCGACCCGCAUCGUGCGCGCUCGCCACGGCGCGACUCCAUCCCGUCCUACCCGUACUUCAUCACGCCGAUGGCGUUCAGUUCCAUAAGCCCGCACGUCGCCGCCAUGCCUGUGGUCUAUCUGCCGGCCCCCGCCUCCCCCACGUCAGACAAGGCGAGUUCGCACAAGCAGUCGCAGUCUGCCGCCGCAUCGACUGCACGCCCGCCAACAGCGCCACCAGAGUCGGUCGCACCGCCGGGCGCCGCUGCAUCGCCCGCCGCGCCUUCCUCUCCCAAGAUGAGCUUCAAGCGGAUGUCUUCCAAAGGCAGGCUCUUCCGUCGGGCGACCGUCCAGGCGCCGGAGGCGCCGGACGACGGCCUGUGCCGCGUGUACGACCUGACGACACUGCCUGUCGUGUCUCCUCCGCCCGCCGUGCCGGCAGAAGAGCCCAAGCCCCUCGAAGCGGCUGAGACCGUGACGCAGAAUCCCAAUCCCAAUCCUGAUUCUAAUUCUGCCGCGCCACCUGACUCUGAUGCUCCCACGACGCGUCCGAGGAAUGCAGUCAGCGUCUCCGACGACCGCCGGGUCGAGGUGGCGGUGGCGACGCUGAGGAUGCGGAAGGACGUUCGCGAGGAGAGGGGCCUCGAUCAGGUCAUUCCGAAACUCAGGAUGCUCCGAGGGCGAUGA